AUGGCCGCCGCGGGCUCACCCACAGCAGCAACAGCAGCAGCACCCGCCGCUCCUCCUCGGCUGGUCGCGACUCGCUCCGACCUCGCGAAUCGCGUCGCACCGCAGCUGUCGUCCGAGUACGACAGGCGCCCUUCGCGAUCCAGCAAGCCUUCUAUCGGCGGUCAGAGUGUGGCCGCCUUACUCCGGUGAGUAUCGCACCCCCCGCUGUGUGGUGUGCUCGACUAAACUUAGCUCGAGUGUGGCUGGUUCGCAGCGAGGCCAAGGCGUUGACGCUCGACUUGCGCACCGCCAUCAAACGCAAAGACCCGUGGGAUCGCGAAGUCGAGUUUCAGAGAGAGAGGUGAGUUCCAUCCCAUGCUCCGACGCGUCUCGCGAGAGCCAUCGGGGCAGCUCGACUUGGAACUGACAAUUCCAAUUCCUGACUCCUGCCCUGCUUGCCGCACCGCGCGCAGUGUUCGUACAGCCUAUUCGCGUGUCCUCUUCUCCAGCACUGUAGGAACGUCCUCGUCGAUUGCUCUCUUGGCCGCGUCGUCAUCGAACCCAGUCUCUGGACCAUCCAAUACCCUCGGCUCGACGACCUCGCUCGUUUCGCCCUCGGCCAGUCAUUCGGCUCGCUUACUCGAAGCUCUCAACUCGCUAUGGCUCGAGACAUCCCAUUCCAUCAUCAACGCCUACCGAUCACGCAUCUCGGCCAUGGACAAGGCCCUCGCCGAAGCGCCUCAGGCCCAUCGCAAAGGCGGAGGAGGAGCAGCGCGAGGCGAACCCCCACCGCCGGGGCCGACCGCUCGUAGAAAGCUCGUACAUUCCUUUAGAACCUUCCUGGCCAAGGAGGAAGAGUACUUUGCCACACUAUUGGGUCGACUUGCCAGUGAUCUCAGCCCGAAUGAUCUCGAAGGGUUCAACGCCCUCGGCGUCGUUGUCGAGCCGGUAGAGGUCGUGGAAGGCCUCCCUCCGACAUCGGAAGAAGACAAGCGCCGAGCCAGAUCAAAGGCGGUGCCACUCGUUCACAAGGCCCUCAUCUGCUUCGGGGAUUUAGCACGGUACCGCGAGCUUUUCAACGAGCAUUCGGGUCCGCAGGCCAAGGAGCGGGGCGGGCGGAGAGGUAACAAGAGUAAGGUUACCUCGGCCGGAGGUUCUGACCGCAGCAAGCCAAAGAACUAUUCUCGUGCUUCAGCGUGUUACACCCAAGCAAGGCUGCUGAUACCAGAGAACGGUGAGUGCUUCGUUUGGCCAUGGAUCGAAACGGUUCUAGUCCAAUCAGCUAACGGUCUAUCGCUCCCGACUUGCGCAGGCAAUCCAUCUAACCAACUCGCCGUAAUAUCCGGGUAUACACACGAUACCCUUUCUUCCACCUACCACUACUUCCGCGCCCUCUCGGUGCGUAUACCCUUCCCGACAGCGCGGAUCAACCUCGAGUUGGCAUUCAACAAGGCGGUCACACGAUGGUUCGAACGGCCGAGUGGGAGGCGCGAGCCCACACCUGACUUUGUCACUGCUUUCAUCGCGCUCCACGGUUUGCUCUUCACCAAAACGAGGUGGGUCGGGCGAUCUGGUAGAGCACUGCCGAGAACUAGAGCACUGCCGAGAACAAGAAGGCUGACUGCAAGGGGAGUAUUCUCCCACAGACUCUCGGACAUCGCACCGCUCUCUGCAAAAGUCGAGAGUUCCUUCCAACAAGCCAUCACAUCGCUAGAGCUAUCACCAGACACCAUCGUCAAGAUCGUGGUGACCGGAUUAUGCUCCUUGUGGUAUGCGCGGGUACAUCGAUCGAGCAGCAACCCUCGGAAAACACCGUCGAAACGAUCAGCCGAGGCUGGCUCGAACGCAGGUUCUGCACCUUCCGUCAACAUCAAUCUCGAACCGCACAUCCUCCUGCAUGUCCUGUCCAUUUAUACAAUUCUACUCCGGAUUUGCACCAACGAGACGGCGGAAGCCUACCUCGCGGACACGACCAAGCAAGCACCCAAACCUGGUUUGAACCUUGCCCAGAACAUCAGUGCCGUCGUCCGUCGGGCACUCCCGGUCCUUCGUGUGCUCUCCAAAUGGUUGUCAGGCCAGCUUGACUAUAUUCAUCGAGUUGAAUCCCGUCUGCGAGCGAAGGAGAUCAAGAUCAGUCGAGCCAACGCCGCUGACAGCGCUGCUCAGGCGUCCCAGGCCGACACGACCCAACGCAGCAGCUCGGUCAGCGAUGGGCAACAUGUCGAAUCGAGCCAGGACCAGUCGAUGGAAACGGAUCAUGUGAAUUCGACGUCGCUCGAAGACGCCUUGACGGCGUUCUGGACCUCGUACGCCGAUUUCGCGAAUUCGUUCAAAUUGGUGUUCCCUGCCGAAGGCCUCCCUAGUCCACCGGAUGGUGGACUAUGGUUGGAAGAGGAUGUCGAUCUACUCGGCUUUGCUCCGCUACGCAGAAGCAUGAAGGACGUCAAAGGGACAGAUCUGGCUGUUGAGGCAUCCAAAGUGGGGAAGGAGGUGCAUCCCAACGAGGAGCACCUGAUGCGCAUUGCCGAGUUGCAGAGCGAUGCGGCGCUGAUCGUCGAAUCCGAGGUAAGCUUGAAACAUCGUUCGCACUCUGCUCUGCCCAUGAGGCUGAUUUUUCCGAUCACACUUCCAAGAUCUGCCCGAUAAUCGUUGAACUUGGCGCUUUCGUUCUGGCCCCGCCAAAAUCCUCCGCCGCCCCAACCAUAGAGGAUGAAGUCGAGGAAGAGGACGAAGAGGACGAAGCCGAAGCCGUCCCCAUACCUGCCUCGUCGCCAACAAAGGCAUUGUCCAGAGGGGUGGAUUCGCUUGAUCUGUUCGAACAAGAGGAUGAAGGAUCCGAGCCGACCGAAGAUGAUCCCGUCGAUUUGGCGAUGAGGAUCGCCGCUGCGGAUCGACUGGAAAUGCAGGACCUCACGGACGAGGAAGAAGAUGAUGACGAUGAUGAUGACGGGCACAUCGUCUAUCGCUCAAGACUGAAUUUGGGCAACAUCGGGACGGUGACACGAACACCCCCUUCGGCGGGUAUCUCACCUCGAAUAGGCACGCCUGUAUCCAAUUCCGCCGCGUCGUCGAAGCGGAAUUCGAUGGAUCUGAGAUCGCUCUGGGCUCGUCCACCGGGCGAUUCUCCUGUUCCGGCAGCGCACCACGCUCUCCCACCACCACACCAAGGUUCACGGAGUUCGUUCGAAGCGUUGCCCAACAUGACUCAUCAAGGUGCCUCCUACGCUCCUACGCAGUCACCUGUCGGAGGCGGAUCGACCUCUUCGAUCUGGGCUCCGACUUCGAAUGAAAGUGGGCACUCUUCGCCUUCGUUGCUUCAGCGGCAAGGAUCAUUCGCCGCCCCUUCUCCUCUCGGUGCGCCUCCGGGAUUGGCUCAACCUCAGUCCGCGGCGCCGAUAGGCUUGUUCGGCCCUGCUUCGCCUUUCUCGCCUCCUGGUGGCGGUCCGAUGGUCCCAAGGCACUCGAACUACUACCCACCCUCAAGCACGCCAUGCGGUCCAGGUCCUUUCGACCCCUUACCCUACCAUACUUCGCCCCUCUUCCCUUCCUCGAAUGUGACCUUCGGACCCGUCCCGACUGGGUCUCAGUCAGACCUAUCGCCCUCGGCCUUCCCAUUCAUCAGCGGUGGCUUUGGUCUACCACCUCCGAGUCAGAUUGGUUCUGGUAGUAGUGGCUGGCCCGAUCACAGCGGUGCCUACUCUGGGAGCUUUGGAUCUUGA